GUCUGCUAGCACAGGUCUGUAUUGGCAUAUGCAGCGAAGUGUUAUGUUGUAUCUAUAGCUGCAGGACACCAUCGAAUCCUGGAUGAAAGACUGCGGCAGAUCUCUACAAAGGAGUUCUUUGACACCAACGAUACGUUCCCUGAGCCUGACAGUGAGGAGAAGGAUCCCUCAAUAACACAGUCUAACUAUGUUUCUCCACCAGUAGAAGUAACACCUCUCUGUUCAGGCACGAGGACUGUUUCAGAUCCCUGCAGUGACGCACUCAGAGGCAGUGGGACCAUGGAGGUCUCCAGCACUGUAGAUAUUCAGGGCAGAAAUGGAACAAGAAGCCCGCCAAUUGGAGCAUCUGCCGAUACACAGACACAACUGCAGACCUUGUUGGAGGAUCUGGGCUUGAAGCAGCACUACACAAAGAAGCUAACACUGAGCGAAAUACUUCAGAUUGACCUGAAGGCCAUCACUGAUGAACCUGCCAAGUGCCACUCAGAUCUUCCAUGGUAUUUCUUAAAGAAACUCAUGAUGGUUAAUGUGACAGCGAGAAAUUUACUAUCAGAAUGUGAAUCAUCCAAAGAGGGAGCAACAGAAACGAUUGAAUUUGACUUCAGUAAUCUUAGCGACAUUACAGAUUCAGGUGACAUGGUAAACCCCCUUGACGUAAUCACUGCUCUCUUCCUGUGUUCUGAUGGGUUUGUGCAACAGGAAAUGGCCCUCAAAAUGUCCAUGUGUCAGUUUUCUGUGCCUCUCCUGCUUCCAGAUUGUGACACAGAUCAGUGCAAACUCAUGCUUUGGGCCAUGAGAGACAUUGUUAAAACGUACAGACCUCAGUCACUUUUACAAUCCAAGGGUUUUACUGAAGAAAGAAUUGUUCUCUCUGAAAUUCCAAUGAUAUCUUUUGUGAGACUGGGGAAAAGUUCCAUGUCCAAGUCAAAGAUUCUCAAUGAGCUUUUGAGCACUGACUUUUUUAUUCAUCAUGAUAUGAAGUGUGGUAACUCCCCAAGAAAUAUAUCCAAUGGACUGACUGAAAUAACUUGGUACCUUCCCUCUGGCAAAAAAAACAUUGAUAUUUUCAGUGAGCCAGUAGCUGUAGCUAACCUGCGUGGGGACAUUGCUUCAUUUGAAACUCAGUUUUCUUUCUUGUGUCAGACAUCUGCAGCAGUGUUUGUGUUCUUUGACAAUUUGGACCCUGAGUGCAAGCUGCUAACCAACCUCUACCACAAGGCACAGAUGUUUUUGGUCGGUAACCAACAAAGCAAAUGCUUUAAUAUGGAUGCUCUCAAAACAGUAGCAACAAAGUUGGGAUUAACAUCAAACAUCAUUACAAAGACCAAGCAGAAAAAUUAUGCUGACUUUGUCCAAGGUUUGCGGAAGAAAGUCAACAAUGUUAUUGAGAACACAAAGAAGAAGGUGUGCAUUGAGAAGAUGGCUGACAUUGCCCAUGAAUUGGGAAUCUUGGUUGAUGAAGACUGUACAGAGUGUCAGACUGCCAAACUAAAUGCAGACACCAUAACAUCAAAAAUUCAAAACAUCCCUGAAUACAAAGCCACUCAGCUUCCCUUGCAUGGUGAAAUAUGGAAGGAAUUGACAAUUUUAGAGAAGGAGGAAUUUCGACUGAAAAGUCUUGGAUCUGAAGACAUAGAAAUGUACAAAGCAGGGCUUCAGAAAAAGAAAGAAAAACUUCGGAAGAAACAGAGCUCUAAAAACAUGUCAGAUGCCAUGACGUGCUUCAUCACUGCAAUAUCAAGCCAAGGCUUAGAGAGACGUUAUUUUCUGAAAUGGAUGCGAAUGAACCUUGAUAACCUGUCUCGAGAAAAACUGUCUGGCCUCAGAAAGCGGUACAGAGAAAAAUGCAAAGAUGCUGAGAACAAAGAGGCCAUCAAAGUCAUUGAUAAAGAGCUUUCCAACAGCUCACUGGGAACUGAACACUUCUUACGUGAAAUGGGUCAGAUUUAUGAAGCUUCAGUUUCCCUUCCAGAACACGAUCUGUCACGUAAACAACUACAGCAUCUGCCCCAGAUCUGUGCAGGAUUGUUGCUUGAUGGAUUUCCCCUGGAGCUUGUAGAUGGAGAUGCAUCCAACAUACCUCUCACAUGGGUGAGUGAUGUUCUCUCCCAGCUCAAUGAACUGGUGUCUCCAAAGAACAAGAUACUGGUCGUCACGGUUCUUGGAGUUCAGAGCACAGGAAAGUCCACUCUUCUUAACACCAUGUUUGGAGUGCAGUUUGCAGUCAGCACUGGCCGAUGCACUCGAGGUGCUUUUAUGUUGCUCAUCAGAAUCAAUGAAGAUGUCAAAAAAGUCCUCAACUGUGACUUCAUGGUCAUCAUUGACACUGAGGGCUUAAAGUCAGCAGAGCUUGCACAACUGGAUGAUAGCUAUGAGCACGACAAUGAGCUUGCAACACUUGUUGUGGGGCUGAGUGACAUCACCAUUAUCAAUAUUGCAAUGGAGAAUUCCACACAAAUGAAGGACAUCCUACAAAUAGUUGUGCAUGCGUUUCUCAGGAUGAAAGAGGUGGGCAAAAAGCCUAAAUGUCAGUUUGUUCACCAGAAUGUGUCAGAUGUUUCAGCCAAUGAGAACACCCUAAGAGAGAGGCAUCUGCUCUUGGAUCAGUUAAACGAGAUGACACAGGCAGCAGCCAAAAUGGAGAAGAAAGAAAAGAACAAGUGCUUCACUGAUGUCAUGGAGUACAACCCAGAAACUGGGAGCUGGUACAUUCCUGGACUCUGGAAUGGAAACCCACCAAUGGCACCAGUCAAUGAAGGGUACAGUGAAGCUGUAUAUCAGUUCAAGAAAAACAUCACACAGAUACUAGGAAACUGUGAGUCCUCUGCUAAUGACAUCUUGAAGUUUAAAGAGUGGAUGUCAAGCCUGUGGAAGGCAGUGAAGCAUGAAAACUUCAUCUUCAGCUUCAGAAACAGUCUAGUGGCUGAAGCAUACAUGAAGCUAUGCACAGAAUCCAACAAGUGGGAAUGGGACUUCAAAGAAUCCAUAUACAAGUGGAUAACUAAUGCCGAAACAAUCAUCUCAAAUUUAAGAACACCUGCUUCCAAAUCUGAAAUAGUUGACAUGAAAGAACUCAUAUUGAGUUUGAAAAGUGAAGUCUCGACAAAGCUGACGAAAUUGGAGGAAGAGCUUCUUGAAAAACUGAAAAACUAUUUCGAGCAAAAAGACGGCCAUCUCCAUUUCGUAGAAAGAUACAAAGAGGAAUUUGCAAACAGUGCAAGGAGUCUUCGAAGAGACAUGCAGAACUCUGUGUAUAGUCAACUCACAGCAGCGGCUGAAAUCAAACAGGGACAGACAGAAGUUCAAAAAAUCAAAGACAAUCACACAAAAGAAAUUGAAAAAGCAGUGUGUUUACUGAUCGAUGAAUGUCGAAAGAAAAACAUGCAGAUGGGAGAUGAAGAACUGAACCAAGAAUUUGGCAAGAUGUGGAAAGAAACAGUAAAGAAACUGUCUUUUUCCCAACAAAAGACAAAAAAUGUCUUUACCAGUGUCUCCCACUACUUAAGAAUAAAUCUCUCGCCUAAAGGAAGUCAUGCAUGUGAAUUGCUGAGCAAAAGAAACUUGCAAGAUUGUGGCAAAACGCAUUUCAAAUAUACAGCCAAAGGACCGGUUGAAAAUUUAAAAAAGAUGAUAAGAAAAAUGACACCCUUUCAAGAUCCCAAAAUCAGGCUACACAAUAUAGCUGACAACAUCAUAGAUGAAUGCAUUCAGUAUAUGAAGGAAAAAGACGAAACAGAAGAGCAUGAAGCAGAGGCUCCUGAAGCAGAUGCAAAAAAAAAAAAAGACUACUCUGAUGCUUACAUCCAAGAGAUCCUUCGCAUAGUUGAUGAGAGGCUGCAAAAGAAUCAGGAUGUAACCGUAGGCAUUGAGUUUGAAGUUUCUCUAAAACAGCACAUCUGUGGCAUUGCAGCCAGACACUUUCAGAAAAUGCAUGAAGAUUUCCUAAAGGAGAAUGACCCGUACUUAUGUCUGAACAAAAACAAAGGAAUGUUUUUUGAUAGUUUUAAAGAUGUGUUCAAGCAACAAGACCAGAGCCAGAAGAAGGCAGAAGAAUUCACCAAACAAUGUUUGAAGCCUGCAGUUGAAAACUUUGUCUACAGUAAACUGGGUCCUGAUAUCAUUUGUGAAAUGAGGAAACAAUCACAGUUCAAUGCAAGAGUCUACUCCCAGUAUGAGAUUUUACUGGAUUUGCUCUCAAAGCACAGCUUUAGGGAGUACGCAAGGUACAUUCGCUCAUAUGAGGGAUAUGUAAAGAAGUGGAUACUUGACCAAACAGUGAAACACUUAUCAAAAGAUUCUAAGAUGUUUGAGCUAGUGGAUCAGCAUCUUGACUCAAGUAUCAGCUGCAUAAAGGUUGCAAUCCACAAGGCCACAAAGACAACAAGUGCUGACUUGAAAACAUUCAUUAACAACUUCUGUCAGGAACUUGGUGAUACACUGGUUAUUUCCCAGGAUGCACUUGGUGCUUUCAUGAUCCUGAACAAAGCAAACCAGGAACAAUUUGCUCACUGGUUCACAGAGUUUGUGAAUAAAAUGGAAAAAAUUCUAAAGCAAAAAUUUAAAAAAAGAGGCAUCCAGAGUAUACUUAAACAGCUUGAUGUCAAACCCCAGAAUGAGCUUUUCACACAAGUGAUUGGAUGUGGUAAACAGUGUCCCUUCUGUGCAGUGGCCUGUGUGCGCGGAGGUGGUGACCAUACUGUGCAUGAGGCUUCACUGCAUAGGCCAAAGGGUCUGAAUGGAUGGAUGGGGCUACAAACAGAAAAUCUGGUCACUGACAUAUGCUCGUCCUCUGUAUCGAGUGACAACCUAUUUUGCUGCGAUGCUACUAAAGGUGAAUAUCACUUAAACAAAAAUUACAGAGAUAUUUUCCCAGACUGGAACAUUCCUCCAGAUGGAAGCUACGAGGCAUCAGACUACUGGAAAUAUGUUAUGGCAAAGUUCAAUGAGGAGUUUGCAGAAGAACAUGGUUCAAAGCCUGCUGAUAUUCCUGCAAACUGGAAAGAUAUCACACGUCUGCAGGCAGAACAAAGUCUCAAAGUGUCAUUUAACAUGAACUGAGAGACAACAUGCUGUCUGAUUAGAGAAGUGCACCGGAUUAAUUCCCUUUGUUGGAACGUGUAGUUGUGACGCAACCUCCGCUUGGGGUUUCAUCCCAAGCUCUGCUUCGGCUAAUCGGCUCGUUGCUCCUUCCUUUUGCUUUAUUUUGAAGAAAUUGUACUUUCUUGAUUCUUGUCGUCCUUGGUAUGUACCCUCAGGUUUGAAUGCACUUAUUGUAAGUCGCUUUGGAUAAAAGCGUCAGCUAAAUGAAAUGUAAUGUAAUGUAAUGUAAAACACCUGCAAACGGACUUUCCUUGGUACGUAACAGCUCAGGACAGCCCGAGUUCCCAUGUGUCAACACGAAUCAGCUACUUUUUGUUAGUAUCUCGACUGAGAAGGACGGGGGGCUUGUUAUGAGUGUAGUAUGUUAGAUAAAACAUGCUAUAUAGAUAGAAUAAAACACCAACUAACAGGCUAAGCUUAUGAGAAUGGUGUCUAUUGUUCCCAAUGUGCUUCAGAGUUUUAUAUCAAUGUAUCGAUGUUAAUGCUGAUGCUAAUGGCUAAGGUAGUUGCUUGCUUGAUUCGCAGUGCAUUGUUUUGUUCAAUGUGUGAUUAAUGCACCAUUUCCACACUUAUUUACUUACUAUAUGCACCUAUUUAUUUAGACUGCGACUAUUUAAAAAAACAUCAUCUGUUUUUUUUUUUUGCAACACCUGUUGCUAGACUGGUUCAAGGACCAGCUGAGAGUUUGUUUAAGUAGUAAAGGUGCGUCUGUUGAUAUUCACGCCAUUCAGUUUGAGUCAAGUUAAUUCACUCUAAUAUGCUGUUUGAAGCACUUCUGUGUAACUGUACUGACUUUAUAAAAUCGUAUUCCUUCAAUAUGAACAUCAAAUAGAUCAAAAUGGCGAUUUAAAAGCGAUUGUAAACGGAUGUGUUACAGUUAAAGUGAUAAUUCCUUUGAUACUGCUAAAAUGUAAAUUUUAUUUUUUAUAAUAUUUCGUUAAUGUCAAAAGAAGUCAGUGAGGUGUCAUCUUGGAAAAUGUAGGAGAAUAGUAUAACUUACCUAUAUCUAGGUCAUCCUUCAUAAAAGCAAUGAGAAACAAUGAGGAUGUAAGGACAUAGAAUUUAAAGUAUCUCUAGGACAGCACAUCCGUGGAGUUGCAACCAGACAGAAAAUGCUCUAAGAUUUCCUUCAGGAGAAUGACACUUUCACAUGUAUGAAAAAAACCUGUACACUGGGUCCUGAUGUCGUCAGUAAAAUAAUAACAUGGCGGCCUCUGUAGAGGGGACCUGCUCCUGAUAUAAAUUUAAAGUAUUUAAAUAUAAAUGGCCCAUUCUAGGGUAAACAAAACUAAAAUUCUUACAACUUUGAAUAAUUUUUAAUAAUAAUCGAAACAAUGGAUGUUUGUUUUGUUGAUGUGUUGCACUGAACAUCACAUUUUGAAACUGAGUCUUUGUGUUGCACUUGCAGAAAUGAAAUCAAGUUUUUGUAUGAAUUCUGUUGCAUUUGAUACAUAUUUUUCAAUUGAACGUGAAUUUUUUUUUUCUUUUGGUGUGUUAUUAAUCAGUUUCAUGAUAACUUGUUAAAUAGCAUCGUAUAAUAAUAAUUAAGGAAAUGUAAUGGAUCUGUCGAGUUUUUUUCAAUAACCAAUAACUGUGAAUAAAGAAACAAACUCAGCA